AUGGGACCCCUCCCUGUACACUUCUCCCCGCUCCUCACCCUUAUACUCUCCUUCCUCCUGGCCCACCCCUGCUCCUCCAUCAGGCCUCAGGUUGUGGAGCGAGCGUCUUCCCCCGAGCAGCCUCAGCCCUCUGGUAACACCACGGGCAAAACUGUGUGUCCGGGCGAGGUGGUGUGUCGACCCGGGGUCCUGCUGCCGGUGUGGCUGCCUCUCAACCCUCCGCUGGGAGAGCAGGCGGGGAGAGCUAUUGUCUACUUCGCGUGUCUCAUGUACAUCUUCUUGGGCGUGUCCAUCAUCACAGAUCGCUUCAUGGCAUCCAUAGAAGUCAUCACCUCCCAGGAGAAAGAGGUGACCAUCACCAAAGCUAACGGGGAAACCACGGUGACCACAGUGAGAGUCUGGAACGAGACCGUGUCCAACCUCACUCUCAUGGCCCUGGGCUCCUCGGCCCCUGAGAUCCUCCUCUCUCUUAUUGAGGUGAUCGGGCACAACUUUGAUGCAGGCGUGCUUGGGCCGAGCACCAUAGUGGGCAGCGCUGCCUUCAACAUGUUUGUGAUCAUCGGUAUCUGUGUGUGGGUGAUCCCGAACGGAGAGUCUCGCAAGAUCAAACACCUGCGGGUGUUUUUUAUCACGGCCUUCUGGAGUAUUUUUGCCUACAUUUGGCUCUACCUCAUACUGGCUGUCAUCUCACCUGGGAUCGUGGAGGUGUGGGAGGCCAUAGUCACACUGCUCUAUUUUCCGUUGUGUGUGGUCUUGGCUUGGAUCGCUGACCGUCGCCUACUCUUCUACAAAUACAUGCACAAGCGUUACCGCGCCGACAAGAGGCACGGCAUUGUUGUGGAAAUGGAAGGUGACCUUGAGCCCAAGGGCAUUGACAUGAUCAUGGAUGGAAAGUUGUCGGACGGUGCUUCGUGUGCCGGAAACUCUUCCAGUGUCUCUGUGCAGACAGGCAAUGAGCUGGACCAGAACAAAGACGAGGUGGUCCGCAUCCUGAAGGACCUGAAGGAGAAGCACCCAGACAAAGACCUGGACCAGCUGAUUGAGAUGGCCAACUACUUGGCCCUGGUCCACCAGAAGAAGAGCCGCGCCUUCUACCGAGUCCAGGCCACGCGCCUGAUGAUUGGUGCCGGCAACGUAUUAAGGAAACACGCUGCCGAGCACUCACGGCGCAGCGCAGGCCAGGAUGCUGACAAGGCCACAUGCUCGCACAUUUGUUUUGAAAGUGCACAGUUCCAGUGCACAGAAAACUGCGGCUCUCUGAGCAUCGGGGUGAUCCUUGAGGGGGGGACGGGCCAGAACACUUUCUAUGUGGACUACUGUACAGAAAACGGCUCCGCUAAUGCUGGGGCAGACUAUGACUUCACUAAGGGAACACUGAUGUUUAAGCCAGGGGAGGGCCGCAAGGAGAUCAAGGUGGGCAUCUUGGACGAUGACGUCUUUGAGGAGGACGAGCAUUUCUUUGUGCGUCUUCAGAACCUGAGGUUAGAGGAAGGUGGAGGUGAAGGGACAGGAACUCCACCACAGGCCAGGCUGGUGGAGCCCCUGCAGGCCACCAUCACUAUCUUGGAUGAUGACCAUGCUGGCAUCUUCACAUUCGGCCAGCGCGUGCUGCGGGUCAGUGAGAGCACCGGCACGCUGAAAGUGACGGUGGUGAGGAACUCUGGCUCCAGGGGGACCGUCAGUGUGCCGUACCGUACGGAGGACGGCAGUGCCAAGGCGGGGGUGGACUACGAGGAGGCCAGAGGAGAGGUGGAGUUCACCAAUGAGCAGACCAGUCAGGUCUUACAGGUGCGCAUUAUAAAUGUGGCGGAGUACGAGAAGCAGGAGAACUUCUUCAUCGUGCUGGAGGACCCAAAAUGGUUGAAGCGGGGCCUCUCUGGCAACCCCAGCCCUGAGGAGGAGGAGGCCCGGAGAAUAUCUGAGAUGGGCAAACCUAUUUUAGGGGAGCACAGCCGGCUUGAGGUCGUCAUAGAGGAGUCCUGUGAGUUUAAGGUGGGUGACCGGCUGAAAGGAGGCGUUACAAUAGCAGUAAACCAACACUCUCUGUACAAAUAG